CUCCUGGCUCUGUUAUUCCCAUCGUGCUGUGUAACGCGGGCGGGCUAACAAGGAUGUGGGAAGGAAAGGUUACGUUUUUGAACGUGUCAUGAUCCGCUUUACGUUGGUUUGUUGAUCGCGGGUUCACGCGAGGAGAGGCUCAGCGAUUAAUGGGUCCCGUGUGCUGAACAUACAGAGUUGUGUUUCCUUGCGGGGGUCCACUUGGUCCUUGCUAGCCAGCUCAUCGUACAGCAGCACUUCCCUAGUGGGAGUGGGAGACGGUCGUACAGAGAGUGGGGGGCUUCGGGGACGAUGGCAUCUCCCUUCGUGCCGGUCCCCAUGCCCAUGCCCAAGGAAAGGGGCCUACGGGGGGGUGGCGCCAGCAAGCCGCGGCGGGCCCAGCGGGCCUCGUCGCUGGGGUGCGUCUCCGGCGGUGCGACCGAGUCGUCCAUGUCGUCGUCCACGUCAUCCGUGUCAGGCGUCCCCAGGGGGAGCCGACAGGACCGGGGCAGGACCGGGCCGGAGGGCAGGGGCAGCAGGAGCCGGACGCCUCCGGCCACCCAUAGCCCUGCGCCGCAGGCCCGGGUGAACGGCGGUUGUCUGGAGGCGUCGGUGGAGUACUCCACCUGCCCGCGCUCUGCGUCAGACCCCGAGGGCGCUCGGCCCGUCGCACCCACGCUGUUGGGCUACGAGGUCAUGGAGGAACGGGCCAAGUUCACGGUGUAUAAAGUCCUAGUCAAGAAGUCCCAUGAGGAGAGCUGGGUUGUCUUCAGAAGAUACACAGACUUCUCACGGCUCAACGACAAGUUGAAGGAGAUGUUUCCAGGCUUCCGCCUCUGUCUGCCUCCCAAGCGCUGGUUCAAGGACAACUACGAGGCAGACUUCCUGGAGGCGCGGCAGAGGGGCCUCCAGGUCUUCCUGGAGAACCUGGUCGCACACAAGGACAUUGCCAACUGCUUCCCUGUGAGAGAGUUCCUGUGUUUCGAUGACCCGCCCGGUCCUUUUGACAGCCUGGAGGAGAGCCGGGCAUUCUGCGAGACCCUGGAGGAGAGCAACUACCGUCUGCAGAAGGAGGUGCAGGAGAAGCAGAAGGAGAUCGAGGCUCUGAGGAGGAGGCUGCAGGAGCAGGAAGCGCUGCUGCUGGAGAGAGGCGUCCGGGCAGUGCAGAUACACAGCGUCGGGGCGAGCCCAGAGUCCCACAUGGAGUCCUCCUCCACCGAGGCUGACCAGGGCCUCACCCAGGAGAGAGGUGGCCUCUGCAGGGUCCUUCCUCUGCGCUCCUCCGCCUGUUUAUGCGGACCCCCGCUGGGCAACUCCCCCCCGGCCGUGAGGGUUCCCUGGCCCGGCCGUCAGCCAUCGGAGCCAUGAGCUCCCCCCCCCCCCCCCCCCCCCCCCCCUCCUGCCAGUAGGAGGAUGCUAGGGUGAGGACCCCCCACCCCCCUACCCAAGCCCUCAACCACUCCCCUGGCCCUUGUGAAUGCAGGGCCCACUCCCUGUGACCGGGUAGACCCUGAGCUGCUAGAGUUCUGGUGGGGAAGAGGGUCCCUGCAUCCCUAUUCCUGCCAACCGUUUUUCCAGCUUUUUAGCUUUUCUCCGCCUUUGCAGCAUCUGGUUUGAAUAUAAUUUCAUCUUUGACGGAGGACAUUGUAGAUAUUUCUUCAUACUGACAACUCGUUGGAUGGCUGGCUUAACCAUGCAGGAGGUGCAAAAAUACCGACCACAAUACCACGAUACCGACGGAGCUGCCUUGGAAAGAAUAAAACACUGUGUGGGUGGGUUGAUGUAUUUUUUUUCAAUCAUAUUUUCCUUGCAAGAGACAUUGCAUAAGACAUGAUGACAAUCUGCAUAAGACCCUGUUUCCCUUCACUAAUUGCCAUUGCCAUGGUAAUGGCAGCCACUAACCAACAUAUGCCUGUAAUGACUCGUUGGUGAAAGACCACCCCCUUGUGGCCAUGGACGGUAUUUGCUUGAGUAGUUGCGUCUCAGGGCUCAUGGUUUUAGUUAGGGUUCAUGCACCAACUUUCUUGGGGAGCCAGUGAUGCCCUGGCCAGAAGGACAAAGUCAAUGUGGAAUUUGCAGAUACAAUGAAUAUGUUUGUGCCGUCGCUAUACAUGUGAAUACGCUCAUGUCGUCGUGGAUACGAAAGAAAAAUUAAUUGCAUCAGAGUACACAGACUUGUAGGGGCAUUUCCAACCAUUUCUAUCUCUUGCGGUAAACGGGCAUUGGGGUAGGGGGCUAUAUGUUACGGGUUAUUAUGGAAUGGGCUGCAUGUUACGCUCGCACCUUCCUCAGUUUUUCUUGUUUUUCCUUUUUCUUUUUCCCUUCAUUGCAUCAACUCGGUGAGAGCGAAAUGAUUAUUUAUUGGUCGUCUCUACUGAAUCCCGCCCAUGGGUCGAGCGUUCGGCUGUUUCACAUGUUCUUACAUUCAUCAGCGUGGUUGUGAUUGAGGCCUUUGGUCUGUGCCAGAAUGUAUGUAUUCUUUGGCUGGCCAGUCUUUCUAUAAAAUCGGCGCCUAGCCCCUGUGGAUUCAGCUGGAUGUUUGUCUUAUAAUUAAAGAAAGAACCGGGCAGGAGACGGUGUGGCCUAAGGCUCUCUCUAGGCUUCCCAAAGUAGUUCCAAUUGAUGCCUGUGCUUUUUAAAUGGUUUUAUUUUUUAUUUUAUUUUUUACAAACUUCAAUCAGUCUUUGUAUACUUUCGUCCACAUUUGACAAAUGAUCAUACUGUUUCACAGAAUGCAAUAAAAACUCCCAGGUGCUCUGCUACCGCUGUGACAGAGGUAGGGGCUGUCGAUCAUCCUAAUCCAUCUCGGGUCCCGAGACAAAAGCCAUAUUAUAGGUCUGCCUGGCCUUCAAAGUUUGACCUUCUUUUUUUAAGCAUGAAGUUGUGAUGGGACCUCGCGCGGUGACUGAGUGUGUAGUUGCUUUAUACAGUGAGCUGGGUAAGCUUGAGUACUUUUAAAACGGAAUGGCGUCAUCAAGGCGCCAAGUCAUGCACUUUAUGGAGCUAUGGGAAGAACACAGGUUUUUGUUUUGCUGAUCACUGGUUAAAAGUAGUGCCUUUUUUGUUCGUGCGCAUUGUAUGUUCCUCAUGAUUGUUUUUGUUUUGUGUAUGAAGUGCCUUGACUUUCUUUGUGACCUCCAUUUCAUAUUUCUGUCUAUUUGACUUUUAGCUUUGGGUUUGUGUUUGAAAUGUUCCCUUUUCUAAGAUUAUGGGACUUUGUUUCAAUGGCAUCUAAUUUCUCCAUUUGUUUCAAUUCUUAAAAUAAAGUUAAAAUUGAAUGUAUAUGGUUAUAAAAAAGAAUAUGUGAUGGGUAAAUAUCGAUAGCUCACUCCAAAAAAGUUUUUUGACACUGGACUAAAUGUCACAACUUAUUAAAGUAAAAAUGUGUAUCUUUUCAAAAUAUUGUGACUAAUUAAGUUUGUCUUUCCAAGUGUAAUACAUAGGCCUUAAUAUAUAAUCAUACACUAACACUCCACACUACCACUGAUUGGUGCUGAAAUAAAAAAAAAAAAAUUUUAUUGGUAAUUAAUUCUGCUUAUCUUCAAUCAUUGUAGUGAUCCAGCUACAGACUUGCAAUCCGAAAUAGAAAUAUUCUGAUGAGUAUGAAAUUAAUAUACGCUUUGGAUUCUGGUAACUUGAAGCCAUUUUUUAAGACAUUUUAUGACCUAAUUAUCCUAAAAACAAUUCAUUGAUUAUUUGUGUCAUUAUCUGGUCUCUGAUCUCUCGUUUGGGUUUCACCUUGUUGCUAGUAUAUUCGUUAUAGUUAGUCAGUAGGUUUAAAAGGUGUGCGCACACUUGUUAAUUGUUUACAUUAACACUUUUCUAUAGUCAAACUGUUGAUUCUUCUGACUAAUGGAAAUAAAAGAUUUUGUAUUUAAA